UCACUCACACACUCACACUCUCACACUCUCACACUCUCACACUCUCACAUCCACCAUGACCUUCAACGGCACCUGGAAAGUGGAUCGCAACGAUAAUUAUGAGAAAUUCAUGGAGCAAAUGGGGGUCAACAUGGUGAAGCGGAAGCUGGCUGCUCACGACAACCUGCAGAUCACAGUGCAGCAGACGGGCGACUCGUUCCACGUGAAAGAGACCAGCACCUUCAGGACCCUGGAGAUCGACUUCACCUCCGGGGUCACCUUCGAGUACAGCCUGGCCGACGGGACCGAGCUGAAGGGCUCCUGGACACUAGAAGGAGAGUCCUUGAAGGGCUCCUUCACCAGGAAGGACAACGGAAAGCUGCUGACCACCACCAGAACGGUCCAGGGAGACGAACUCACCCAGAGCUACAACUAUGAGGGUGUGGACGCCAAGAGGUUUUACAAGAGAUCUUAGAGCAACUGCGGAUCGCCUGACCAACAGAUCGUCAUGACUACAGCCUUACAGCUAUACAUUCAUCGCAAUAAACCAAUGUGCACAUUACACUGGCAAAAAAUGUAUGUAUAUUAAAAGUAUUCACUAUUUGUACAAAUUGUGUUUGGUUUCA